ACCUUAUUUCAACCCUCGACUCAAAUCGCGAUAGGGGCCCAGCAGGUAGCAACACUGGAGUCGCGAACAUAGACAGUUGAAGCUACACCUAUCUAUCUCCACUCCUUCGCUACCCACACCCCCCGCAACAAUGGACCCGCGUUCCCGAUCUCUUACCAACCUAGAAUGGGUCAUCGGACUUCGGAUGAAAGUCACCACGCUCAUUGACGAAACUAUCGAAGGAACCCUCUACGCUUACUGCCCCAUCACAAACACCGUCACUCUCUCCUCCUCUGCCGAAUCGACAGGAGCAGCAGAUUACCGCAUCCUCAAAGUCUCGUUCCUAACCAAUAUCCAAGUCCUCGAAACCCCAACACAAAGCACCAAUUUCACGAACGCACCCGGCCCCGAACUUGCACCGGUAAACCUCCAAACAAUCGAUGCUCGCAUCAACAAAGUCAUCACCAAAAAGCCCUCUGUACCACCCGGCGUGGGCCGCGAAGGUGUCGAGAUCUUUGAGGCGCUAACAAAGACGCUACCAUGUCGAUGGCAGGGAACCGCGAUCGUGGUGUUGGACGAGGUUAUGGUCGAAUCACCAUAUACCGCGGAGACGUGUAAGAGUAUUGAAGAGAGGGGUGGAGGGAAUGGAUAUAGUUUGAAGAGAGUGAAGAUGAUCGUGGAGGGGGAGAGACGGAGGUUGUUUGGGGAGAGUGAGAGGAAGGGAGGGUAACUUACAAUAUGCUGGGAAUGACCUGAGGGGUAUCUAUGCCGGCGCACGAAGGGCUUGGCCAAAAUGAACUCGGAUAUACCAGAAGAAUGCAUUGUCUUCAUGCCAUCCAUGCCCCUCUCAUGGCCCAUUCGUCUCAGGCUCAACCAAAGCCUCCGCCAAAUACCUCCCCAACCCAUCCGCCUUCGCCUUCAAAAUCCCCUCCUCCGCUCCCUUUCCUCCAAUCAAACACACGAGCAGUUGCUCAUGUACCGCAUUCCUCUCACUAUCAACAUCGACUUUGA